UCUAGCCAACUGAUGGUGUUGGCGCGCUAUCAAAACGCGUCAAGAAACAUCAACUAGUUUGAACUCUGGAUGCUAGUGUUCAAAUUCAUACGAACGCGACUUAGGCAGAGUCCAUGUCUUGUGAAGGGCCUCCAACCAUACUCGCAUGCAUCGACUUCGACUGAAAGGUAUGGAAAAAGACUGAAAACAAGAACCGCUGCAAAGCGAAAAUCCCUGAUGGUAUCUACCUUGGACCAACAUAAAUUGUUGCCCAGCGAUUUCCUCAGUCACCUCUCCAAUCGUGCCCGGCCUGGCGUUCGGUUUUUGAACGUAGCUAAGGACAUGCUUAAGGAUCCUCGCUUGAAGCAUACUUGCAUUCUUCCCGCCUGCCGCUGGCAGUUCGGGUACUUUGACAUGGAUGGCAAGCCAACCCCGUUUCCUCCAAACUCAUCCGGAUUCCUCUACUAUCACCAACCCCAAGGCGCACCUCUGCUUUCUGGAGAAGUACGCUUUCGACUCACUCCAAAUAACCUCCCUGAGAGUUUUAGCCAAGGCGAAGACUGUCUUAUUCCACAUGGAGACAUCUGGAAGAUUCCCCUCCUUUCUCUUCAUAGUUAUAAAACUCAUCAGGAUGUCUAUCGACAGCUUCAGCUGGAUGGUUUUGUCUCUGAUGCAUUACAUUCAAAGCUCAAGACUGUCGCCAAGACUUGCCCCUGUCCUCGGCAUAGCGCUGUCAUUUUGCAUUCACUGCACCAAGUAUUCCCUGUAGACUUUGCAUUAGCUCACAUGAACCUCUUUGUGGUGGGCGACUCGACUUACCGAAGGGUUCUCUUACAUUGCCCCUUUUUAACGCAAGUCAUAGGCUACAAGAAGGACUCUCCAUUCACCAGUAAGGGUUUGGCGCGCUUUGAGCUUUCAAAGCUGCCUGAACACGCAGGAACCAAAACAGUGGUGAUGCGCGUUGUGAAACUUGUGGGAGAUCCGGGGCCUUACUUGGGGGAAGAUCGGCCACAAGAGGGGGCACUGGUAUUGCGACACAAUCCUGCCGGCGGGCAACCAAGGGUUUUUCGUUUAAGGGUUGAUCCCAGCUCAUCCGAAAAUGGCCCAAACGGCUAUUCGCAUCCUGAUGCACUCCCUCUGCUUCUCGAAAAUACCUUUCGGGGCGAGCAUUCUACGCCGUAG